UUCUGGAACAGCAAAAAAAAGUAAACAUAGCUGUUUCUGAUACAUGGUGACGAAGGAUAUAGAAACAAGUUUUUGGCUGAUAAAAUAAGGCUAAUAAUGAAUUCUUCAUUUCCCUACGUUCAUAGUUGUGAUCUCAAUCAAAAGUUACAGAUAAAGAUUGGCACUUUGGAAGGGGAGCGACGAGCUCACCCCUACGAAAAGUUGCUGCAGCAGCCGAUCCUUAAAUUUUCCGGGUUGAACUCCGAAAAAUGCCCUCCAUUAAAAGUCAGUGUCCAGAUCUAUGACGAAGGUAAAAAAGUGGGCCUUCCUGUAACAUCGUCGUAUAAGAGCUUCCUAACCAGAUGGAGUUGGAACGAGUGGUUAACUUUGCCAGUGUUGUUCAGUGACUUAUCGCGUAGAUCAGUGCUGGCAGUUACAAUAUAUGACUGUGCUUGGAGUCAUGGUGAUGCAACAAUUGUUGGAGGAACUUCCAUAUCAUUAUUUGGAAAGACCGGUGUAUUUCGACAGGGAUUAUACGAUUUGAAAAUUUGGACCGAAGUAGAAGCUGAUGGCAAUUAUCGAUCCAAAACUCCAGGAAAAUGUAGCGAUUUCUAUAACAAUCAAAUGCAACGACUGUCCAAGCUGGCUAAGAAACACAGGAACGGACAAAUUGAGAAAGUUGAUUGGCUGGAUCGUUUAACCUUCAGAGAAGUUGAGCUCAUUAACGAAAAAGAGAAGCGGGAUUCUCAGUUUCUUUAUCUAAUGGUAGAGUUUCCACAAUUGACACUUGCGGAUAAAACGUGCUCCGUUGUAUACUACGAACCAGAUGGAGAUAAUAAAUUUCUUUUCGUCUCCAAACCUAAAUUAGUUACUGUUCCAGACACUGAGACGUUGCAAGAGAAUUUAGUUGAACGAAAACAUCAUCGUUUAUCGCGUUCAGCAAGAUCUGGACUAUCAGACCGAGAUGCAAAGCCAACGGCAAGUGUUCGUGACUUGCUGCAUUCGAUAGUACACCGAUAUUCACCGACAUCCACGCUGAGUAGCGAGGAGCAAGAUUUGAUAUGGAAGUAUCGUUUCUACUUGAGUGCGCAGAAAAAAGCGUUGACUAAGUUUCUAAAAUGCAUCAACUGGGAGACAGGGACUGAAGUGCGCCAGGCCCUGGCUCUUCUGGCCAAGUGGGCUCCCAUGGAUGUAGAAGAUGCCUUGGAACUGUUGAACUCAUCGUUCAACCAUCCCACAGUGCGACGCUAUGCAAUUUCCAGAUUGGAUCAAGCACUGGAUGACGAUCUGUUGUUGUACUUGCUCCAGCUCGUACAAGCGCUGAAGUACGAACAUUUCGAUGAAAUUCUAAAAUCUUAUGCUAACCUUCCAUUGGAAAAAGAUAUGUUGAAAUCUGUUGAAGAAAACCCAGUGGACACUAAUUUUGAAGUGUUCACGGAAUCAGAUGAAGGGGAUUCAAUGCAUCUGGACGGUCACGAUAUGAUAGGAUCUAAAUCUACCAUUACAACCGAGAACAAUUCUAAUGGUAAUGAAUCUAAUGUGAAUAACAUCGAAGAUGUACCGGUACCUUCCAACCUUGCAAUGUUUCUAAUCCAACGAGCGUGCAAAAAUUCCACAUUGGCAAACUAUCUAUAUUGGUAUUUGUCGAUAGAAUGUGAAGAGGAAACAAUAAGGAAGCAAGACGAGCGUGUGAGGAAGAUGUAUCGCACAGUUCUGCAGAUAUUUUUGCGACAGUUGUCAACAGGGAGUCCCGAACUCAGAACAAUACAUCGCAGCUUGAAAGAACAACAAAAGUUCAUCGAUAACCUUGUAAAACUUAUCAAAAUUGUCGCCAAGGAACCAGGAAAUCGAAAGAAAAAGACCGAGAAAUUCCAAACGCUGCUCUCUGAUACAGAUUCAUUGAAAAUCAACUUCUCCAAAUUUGAACCACUAUCGUUUCCACUGGAUCCCAACGUUCGCAUACGAGGAAUAAUUGCCGAAAAAGUAACUCUAUUCAAAAGUGCGCUGAUGCCUUCAAAAUUAACAUUUCUGACCACUGGAUCAACAGAGUAUGUAGCGAUCUUCAAGCAUGGCGAUGAUUUGCGACAGGAUCAACUUAUAUUACAAAUGAUAACUCUAAUGGACAAAUUGUUACAGAAAGAAAAUUUGGAUUUAAAACUAACGCCCUAUCGCGUACUGGCCACCAGUUCCAAGCAUGGAUUUAUGCAGUACAUCGAUUCAAUCACAGUGGCGGAGGUUCUUAAUACCGAGGGAAGCAUUUUGAACUUUUUCCGCAAACAUCACCCAUGCGAGACAGGACCGUACGGCAUAGUGGCGGACGUAAUGGAGACGUACAUAAAAAGUUGUGCCGGCUAUUGUGUCAUUACAUAUCUGUUAGGUGUGGGUGACCGGCAUUUGGACAAUCUACUGUUAACGAAUUCCGGGAAGUUGUUCCACAUUGAUUUUGGGUACAUACUUGGAAGAGAUCCCAAACCGAUGCCUCCGCCGAUGAAACUCAGUAAGGAAAUGGUGGAAGCGAUGGGCGGUCUCAACUCUGAGUACUACCAAGAGUUUAGAAAACUUUGUUAUACCGCCUUCCUGCAUCUGCGGAGACAUGCCAAUGUUAUGCUGAACCUCUUCGGAUUGAUGGUGGAUGCAUCCAUUCCGGACAUUGCUUUAGAACCCGACAAGGCUGUUAAGAAAGUGGAGGAUAACUUGCGGCUUGAUUUGUCAGAUGAAGAAGCUGUGCAGCACUUACAGAAUUUACUCGACAUUUCAAUUACCGCUGUGAUGCCUGCUUUAGUCGAACAAAUUCAUAAACUAGCGCAAUAUUGGAGAAAAUAGUUUUAUUACGUGUUUUGCGUAUAAAUAACAUCCUGCAUGUUAACACUUCUAAUAAAGUAUAUUGACUGAGAGUA